GUGCUUUAGCGUCUGUUCCGAACGGCAGAGGAGGGGUGUGGUCCUUCUUUAAAUCUCGGAGUGCUGCUCCAAAUCCCCUUCUCCAGCUCUGUUAGCUUGCAUUCUUGUCCGCCACCCGUUCUCUGCUGCUCCAGCUGCGACCCCCUCAGAAAUGGUAUUCAAAAGUGUUCCGUUUCUGGUCCUUUUGGCCAUCGCUUUGAUAAACGCUGAAGAAGUGAGAAGCAAGUCCAAGAUCUGUGCCAAUGUGUUCUGUGGUGCUGGACGGGAGUGUGCUGUGACAGAGAAAGGUGAACCCACAUGCCUGUGCAUUGAAGAAUGCAAACAUCACAAGAGGGUGGUGUGUGGAAGCAAUGGGAAGACUUAUCGUAACCACUGUGAGCUUCAUCGUGAUGCAUGUCUGACCGGGAUGAAGAUCCAGGUCUCUCAUGAUGGGCAUUGUGAAGAAAAAAAGAAUGACAAAGCAACAGCCAGCAGUCCAGUUGUUUGCUAUCAGUCAGAUCGGGAUGAGCUUCGACGCCAUGUCAUGGAAUGGCUGGAGACAGAAAUUGUUCCUGACGGCUGGUUCUCCAAGGGCACCAACUAUACAAACAUUCUGAAUAAAUACUUCAAGAGUUAUGAUGGUGGUGAUGCCUACUUAGAUUCUAAUGAGUUCCUGAAGUUCAUCGAGCACAACGAGACUGCUAUCAACAUUACCUUACGCGCCGAGGAAGAUGAGACCAAACUUCUUCGGGGUCUGUGUGUGGAUGCACUGAUUGAGCUGUCUGAUGAGAACGCUGACUGGAAACUCAGCUUCAAUGAAUUCCUCAACUGCCUGAAUCCUGGAUUUAUCCCUCCUGAGAAAAAAUGUGCCUUGGAGGAUGAAACCUAUGAGGAUGGAGCUGAAACCACAGUAGAAUGCAACCGAUGUGUCUGUGCCUGUGGCAACUGGGUCUGUACUGCCAUGACCUGUGAUGGUACCAAUAAGAAGAUCCCUGGGCUGCAGUCACAGGCAACUGAAGAUGAUGUAAUGACUGAAGAGGAAUGGACAAAAUAUGUUCAAGAGCUCAACAAACAUCAGGAGACCGCUCAGAAGACGAAGAAGGCAAAUGUCAAAGACAUCUGAGAAAGCCGAGAUUGGCAGAGAAACAAAGUUGAUUUUAUUUUCCCCUCAACAUGUUUCUCUACAUUAAGCCAACCAAAAAAAUACUUGGAACUUCAACAAUCACUACUAAGUAUAUACAUGCACAUUACAAGCAGCAUUUUUUUGGGUUUUUGCUGGGGAUGGAGGGAGUCCUUGGUGUUAUUCAUGGUGUUAUUCAAACAGACUUCUUAUAAAUGUACUGUAAUUUUAAAAAGAGCUGGCCAUAAAUGAUAUACUGUUGGUUUCAGUUGCAAUAGCUAUAUAGUCCUGUGAUGGUGGGAAAUAUCUCACAUUUCUCUGCAUUUUAAUUAUCCACAUUCCCUUGCCUUGCACAUAAGUGGAGUUUCCUGAGGCAGCACUCCAGAUCAAAAUUGUAAAUAAUAAAGCUUUCCAGCAGUCUAAACCAAUGUAUGUAAUUUUGAGUAGAAUGAUGAGAUACGAUGAAUGAUUUUUUAAAUUUGAACACACAAAAUUAGUCUAAUGUAGUUUAAGGACUUGGAGCUAAAGUUGUGAUGUUCCUUGGUGCUCUUUGAUGACCAAAGCUUUCAAAAGACCCAGAAUUGGUGUGUCAGGAAGAAAACAUUUGGUGUUGUAAGUAAAAAUAAUAAUCUCAAGUUUUAAGUAGUCUUUAUAAUAUGUUUAAUACAUAUUUAUAAUGUGGUUCCAAAAACUGCAUGUCUAUGUGAUUGUGGCUGUGUCCCAGUUCAGAAACUUCCCAAUUUCUCUUGUAGGUAUUUCUUCCAUCAUCAAAGUAGGAAGGAUUGUUUUUACUUGACAACUGGAUCAAAUUUACAUUCUUGUGCAUAUGUUAUGAGGUCAAUCUUAUUUUGUCUUUUCAAGGGGGCCUCUGUCUGUGCAAUGAAGCACCGGGUGAUGACAAGAAACCAGCCACUGCAAGUUUGAGCCCUGUUGAGUUUAAAGAUACCUUUGAACUCCAUACAGAGUAAAUCUAGUUAAUGUGUCGAGUGGCAUCAAUCAUUAAUCUCUACCAUUCAGUAAGGGCCAUUUUUAAUAUUUUAAAGGCUUAUACCAUUCCAAGCAAAACUUGAUACAAGUGAGAUCCCAACAUUACCAGCAGUUAGUGUUGUCAAAACUAGUGAUAGCACAUUACAUGACUUUACUGCAACACUUGGAUCCUGCUGGAUGCCUUUGGAUGUGGUCUUUGGUAUCUGCCAUUAUUAGGAUUAGAAUUAGUGUCAUCAGGAGAUGUUACCAAAGUUAAAUCCACUGAAAUGGUCUGCAGAUCAUGCAGAGGAAACAGGAUUACAGGCAUAUCUCCCCCAAAAGGUUUACAAGCACUCAAUUAACAUUUCAAAAAGGUGCUACAUUCCUUAUUUCUUUUUAUUUUAUAUGUUUUAUGAUAUAUGCAGCUUUUUUAAAAAUAACCUGGAGUGUCUUAUUUUUAUUUAAACUCUUACAUAUUAAAAAGAAAAUCUACAAUGUUGAGCAUAAAAGUUGGAUUACCUGAGGGUAGAUUGAAAAUCCUGAGCAAGUUGGUGGUGGCAGACUCUAGUACAGGGUUUUCUUAUCUGGGAUCCCCUCAGUUAACGUUAGGGGUCCAUGGCAUAAAAAAAAGUUUGGGAACACUUAUUCUAGUAGGUAUCAGCAGAAUGAAACUGCUUUACAUGAAUAUGUUUUCGAACUGCUGAAAUCCACUUAUAAUCCUAUAAAGGCAAAUUGUAUGUCGGCAACAAACGAGAGGAUCUGCAGAUGUUGGAAAUCCAAACAACAUACACAAAAUGCUGGAGGAACUCAGCAUGCCAGGCAGCAUCUACGGGAAAAAAAAAGUACAGUCGAGGUUUCGGGCUGAGACCCUUCCAGUCUUCAAAGGGUCUCGGCCUGGAACGUCCACUGCACAUUUUUUUCCAUAGAUACUGCCUGGCAUGCUGAGUUCCUCCAGCAUUUUGUGUGUGCUGUAUGUCAUUAAAAGCUGUUAUUUCCUCAGCAUUUGGGAGAUUAUCCAGCAUUAUAUAAAACUGUAAAACUGAUUAAAAUAUAAAAAAGUCAAAGCAAAUUUUAUUAUUGGUGUGAAGCAGUGACAUUAAACAUAUGUCAUUCUAAAUAUAUAUCAUGGCUGGAUAGGAUUAUUUUGUUAACAAAGGAUUAAUUUUUCUGGCCUCUAUACUAGUAUCGAGAGCUAUACCGCUCCAUCCAAACAAUAAUUAACAAGGUGAUGUCAGUGACUUUGAUUGCUAUAGAGUUCACCAUACAAAAAUUAGUGGCAAAGGAAAAAGCAAAUGAGGUGGCUGAGAACAAUUCCAAAAACCCUUAGAAGUAAUACGCAGGUUAUCCAACCGGUACAGGGAGCGCAAAUCAAUAUCUGCAUGUAGAAUCUUUGAGGUGAUCCCAAAGAAUCAUGACCCAUAAGUGGGCAGAUGCUUGAAGUGAGAGAUGUCAUAGUUCACAAUUGACUUCACAAAUUACAAUUGGUAAUACUAUGACACAGUUUGUUUUCAUCUCAUCCUCUGAAACUGCUUUAUUGUAUCAAUUAAUCUAAUUAAAUAAACCAGACAAACCUCUGCUCCCCAAACUUGAUCAAAGAAGUAAAGAUCAAACCCAAGUGAGAUAUUUAAUCACUUUCUGCACCCCAACAUCGGCAUUAGAACAUUAUGAAGUAUUAACUGGUCUGGUUGUUUGCAUAGUGUAUUCCUUAUUUUCACUGUUGUUAUUGUUAUAGACUUAGACUGUAUUUCUUCUACCUUAUCUUGAACUACUACCUUCUUGAAAACACAAGUGGAACUGUGUAUACGCAUCACUGAACUAUCUUAAUAGGUUGCAUUAUCAUAGUUUUUUUGUACUUACCACCAUCUUUGGAUAUCAUGUCAAUAAAUUUUCCAACAAAAUUCUAAACUUUCUAAUGUU